CGAGAAAAAUUAGAUUUAAAGUCGUACUGCUUGUUGUAAGCAGUAGUACGUGGAGCGUUAAUUAGACUGUACUAAGGAUAAUAGCAGUGUAUAACAUAUGGUGUUACUAGACUAACUAUUAUUGAGAAAUUUUGAAUAAUGAGUUCAGUAGAAGAAUUGAUAGCCAAAAUAAAGAUCUUGGAAGAUCAACUACGUCAAAAGAAAGAGAAUGAAAGUGUUGAAACUGUUACUGUUAGGGACAAAAUUACGAGCAUGAGUGCUGAGGUUGUAGACUCCAAUCCGUACAGCCGGUUGAUGGCUCUGAAGAGAAUGGGAAUUGUGGAAAACUAUGAGAAAAUUAGAGAAUUUACUGUUGCAGUUGUAGGUAUUGGAGGAGUUGGAAGUGUGACAGCUGAAAUGCUUACUAGGUGUGGGAUUGGAAAGCUGUUGUUGUUUGAUUAUGACAAAGUGGAGCUUGCUAACAUGAACAGGCUGUUUUUUCAACCACACCAGGCUGGUAUGAGUAAAGUAGAAGCAGCUGCCAAGACAUUAAAUUUCAUAAAUCCUGAUGUGGAGUUUGAAACUUACAAUUAUAACAUCACAACAGUAGAAAACUUCCAACAUUUCAUGGACAGAGUGAAGUAUGGAAGCUUAAAAGGAAAACGGGUAGACCUUGUUCUUAGCUGUGUAGAUAACUUUGAAGCAAGAAUGGCUAUAAAUACUGCAUGCAAUGAAUUGAACCAGGUGUGGAUUGAGUCAGGUGUCAGUGAAAAUGCCGUGUCAGGUCACAUUCAAGUGGUCAUUCCAGGGGAGACUGCUUGCUUUGCAUGUGCCCCGCCUUUAGUUGUAGCUUCUAACAUUGAUGAGAAGACACUAAAGAAAGAAGGGGUUUGUGCAGCAAGUCUCCCUACAACAAUGGGUAUUGUGGCAGGAUUCCUUGUUCAAAAUACUCUGAAGUACCUUCUGGGUUUUGGAUCAGUAACUUAUUACUUAGGCUACAGUGCACUACAAGACUUUUUCCCAACUAUGGCUAUGAAGCCUAACCCCAUCUGUGAUGAUAGCUACUGCAGGUUACGACAGAAAGAAUUCAAGGAAAAAGAAGCCUUGAAGCCUAAGGAAACAUUGAAAGCAAAGGAGGAAGAGAAGAUAGUACAUGAAGAGAAUGACUGGGGGAUUUCUGUUAUUUCUGAAACUACUGAAGAAGAGCUCAGGAUGUCUGAAGGAGAAACUGUACCUGGUCUUGUAGAAGGAGUUACACUAGCUUACACAAAGCCUGCUUCUACUCAGGAACCUCAAGGGGAAAGUGUACAAGAAAGUAAUCAAUCCCUGGAAGAACUGAUGGCUCAGAUGAAAUCACUCUGAUUUGGAGUUUGUUUUUGUUGAUAAGAAAUGACUAUUUAUUGAUGAAACUAAUGGCUCGGGAUUAUGUUUUAAUAAUGUUUUAUUAUACCUUUGCAAUAAUAGUUUUAAGUAAACAUCAUUAUUCGAAGACUUUAGUGGUAUUUUACUGACACUUUUUUUCAUAUUUGAAAGGAACCUCAAGGGGAAAGUGUACAAGAAAGUAAUCAAUCCCUGGAAGAACUGAUGGCUCAGAUGAAAUCACUCUGAUUUGGAGUUUGUUUUUGUUGAUAAGAAAUGACUAUUUAUUGAUGAAACUAAUGGCUCGGGACAUUCUUCUUUAUUUUUGUGUUCAUUCCUAUCUUUUUUGUAUUAUACAGUAAGGGUUGUAAAAUUCUUGAUUGGUUUAAACAAUGAAAUAUAUUUUUAAUAGAAAAAGGUUUCAGUUAACUGAUAAAUAUAUUUUCAAAAAUCAUGAAUUUUUAAUAUUAGGCUAAAAUUUUCUGUUAACUGUUAUACAAUUCAAGAAAUCAGAUCACAUGUUAUCUAUAUACAUGAUUAUAUCAUGAACUGCUAUGUGUUUGGGGUAGAUUAUACCAUAUUAAACAAGUAUUUUCUAAUUUGUUUUUUACUGCAGGUCAAUACAAAGGUUUUAUACGAAUGUUGCUUUUAAUGGCUGUUGUUUUAUUGAUGCUAGAUUAUUAUGUAUCAUUCUGUUGUUUUGAUUUAGCCUGAGAUUACUAACCCAAUUAAGAAAGCCAAAAAAAAUAGGAGGCAGAUAUGAAACUUUGUAUACAUUUUUCAUCACUAGUAGUUGGUGUACCAAAAGGUGAAGGCUGUCUUGCAUAUUUUGUUAACAAUUGUGGGGUUUCUGAAUUGUUUGCUGUUUAUGUUAAAUGAUAGUGAGUAUGAUUCAAACUAGCAGUACAUGACAUGUUUUAGGAGAAAUGAAAGACUUUUGUGUUAUUUUUACUAUUGUCAUUUUUAUAUUACCUUGUUAAUUUUAAAAUUAAAACAAAAAUUUCUUUGUGUG